ACGGCUGCGUGUCUGCUACUCAAUUUAAAUUUAAAUUUUAUAUUUCUGAUUGAAUUGACGUAAUUUAUCAAACCAAGUAAGGUGAAUAAAAUUUUCAAGUGAUAUACAAUACUAAAAUCAAAACUUGUAAAAUUGUUCAAAAGAAGUUUAUGUUGGAUUGGUCAGUGAUAGUGGGAAUCAAACAUUGUUGCCCACGAUACGAAUAUUAAUCACACAUUUAUCUAGUUUUAAAGUAACUAUUGUUAUCUAUUUUCGUUAUCAAGAAUCAUCCAUCGAUGUGGAUCCGCGCUUCGUUGUGCAUUUCUGUAGUUUUCGCGGCAGUUCAGACAGUAAAAUCAAAUAUGGAUGCUAAAGCUCUCUCUUCGUCCAUUGCCCAGUUUUCGGCCAAAUUCUGUAAUGAAUUGGACAAGACCAAGAAUGUGGUGUCUUCGCCUCUAUCAGCAGAAUUUGUUCUGGCUCUAGUGGCUUUGGGAACUGAGGGACAAGCCCAUUCUGAGCUGCUCACCAGCCUUGGCAUUCCUAGUGAUGAAGCUAUUCGAUCUGGAUUUUCAUCUGUAUCUCAAAAACUGAAAUCAGUGAAGGGCAUAACCUUGGACAUUGCUAAUAAAGUGUAUAUCAAAGAUGGUGGCUAUGACUUAAAUGAGGAGCUAAAGGUUGACGCUGUCAAAGUGUUUGACGCUGGCCUUGAGAAAGUUAAUUUUGAUGAUGGUGCUGCUGCAGCUAAUACUAUCAACCAAUGGGUUGAGAGCAAAACCAACAAAAAAAUUAAGGAGCUCAUCUCAUCAGACUGUCUCAACCAGGACACAAGGCUUGUGCUUGUUAACGCCCUCUAUUUUAAGGGACAAUGGAGCAACCAGUUCGACCCCAACAACACCAUAGAACAGCCUUUCCAUAUCAACGAGGACACCACUGUGGACGUUCCCAUGAUGUACAGAGAAGGUGACUACUGGUAUGGGGAAAGCGAGGAAUUGGGAGUGCAGUUACUGCGUAUUAAUUAUGUGGGUAAUGAAGCGAGUAUGCUCAUACUGUUGCCCAAUGAAAUCAACGGUUUGAACGGCGUUCUCGACAAAUUAGCCGGCGGGUACGACUUGCUGGCUGAACUGGACAAAAUGUACGAGACCAAGGUGCAAGUCAGCAUUCCCAAGUUCAAGAUCGAAACUGAGAUCGACCUGGGUGAACUCCUGCCAAAGUUGGGCAUCAAGCAGAUUUUCUGCCGCGGUGAUUCUGGGUUGACUAAAAUGCUGAACGUGCCGGAAAGCAUCUUCGUGUCGAAGGCCGUACAGAAGGCGUUCAUUGAAGUGAACGAGGAAGGAGCCGAGGCCGCCGCCGCUACUGCGGGGUUGGUGCGCACGCGGCGCAUGGCGACGCUGCCGCACCGCGUGGUCGUGGACCGGCCCGCGCUGUGGUGCGUCAUGGCGGGCUCGUUGCCGCUGGUCACUGCUGUGCCCGUGCCCGGCCGCGCGCCGCGCGACGAGCUGUAGACGUGUGCAUUGCCACUGGGCACUGAAGCGUUGCCGCUGGUCGUGCUCUUGCCUGUGCCCAACCGCUGUAGCCGUGUGUGUGUGCGUGCAGGCAUGGUGAUGAUGAUGCGGUGCGCCCGGCCGCCACCUCUGCGGUUCUCCGCCGAUCGGCCUUUCCUCUACGCGCUGCUCGAUGGCGAAACGGAGCUCUUCAUUGGCGCCUACCGCGCCCCCUAAGCGUCUCUCAAAUAUAGCUACAUUUUCAUCACAAAACAUGAUAAUAGAUUUGUUACCUAUAUGACAAGUAAUAAUAAGUAAAUAUAUGUAUUGACAAAGACAAGUAAUGAAGUCGGAAAUACGCUUGGACAAUAUAUGUAUAUUAGUAAAUAGAAUUGGACAAUUUGCAUAUGUAUAAAAAAAAAUUUCAUCUGAUAUUUAAUAGCAAUUACUUGAAAAAUAACCGAUAUGUAGCGUAGUAUAAAUUUAAACCCAAUGUCUAAUUUCCAUAUUAUUGUUUUACGAACGAACUUUUAAAAUAAUCACAGCAGACACGGGAACAGUGUCUGCAAUACGAGUAGGUGUUUCAAAUUCAGCAUUUGUACACGCUUAUCUACUUAUCAUUUUAUGUAUUUCACCCGACGCGUAUGGUUAUUUAAAAUCGAUAUAAACUCUAAUGAAAAUAAUGUGUGAUGCUUACGGUACGUUAGUAUAAUAUUAAAAUCAUUAAUAUUGCUUGAUUCAUGUUCUGUUUUUAUCAAAGUGCCAUGCAUUAUAAAUUAUGCUUAGCCGUUUGUUGUCCUUGUUAUAAAUACUUGUUUUAUGCUACUGAGUAGGUAAUUGACGAAGAAAGCAAACUGUUCAUCUGAACCGCAAGCCCUCACUCGCACGAGAGUUUUUGUAACGGCCGUUAAAAAAGCGUUAAACAUGUUCAAAGAGGUACACCAGCAUUAUUUUGUAACGAUGAUUUUUUAACUCGGCAGCAUGUAUUUCGUUCUAAUUCGUUUCUCUCUCUCUCUCUGACGAACACAAUACUCCAAAACUCAUGAUAUCAUCGUAAAAACAUCUUUACAAAGUAGCGCUACUGAUCUGUGUUUUUGACCGAUCGAGCGAUUGGUCGCACGAUUUUAUUCCUUGUCGUCAUGUCUUAGAGCGUUUACCAAAAAAGUCCCUUUUCUGCAGAAAUAUCUUUCCUCUACUAUCAUAAAUACACACUAGUGCAUUAACAGCCACGUUUAAAUUUUAUUAAUGGCAUUAAAACCUGAAAUGAAAAUGCUCUCGAAGUUUUGCUCUUUUGUUAGCGAUGUUAUUACACUUAACACCAGUAGCACGUAGCACUAUUCUGUAACGAUGUUUUUAUAAUUUUACAGUGUGAGUUGCAAAUUCGUCAAUAUCUAUCUCAGUAUAUAUCAUCGUGUUAGACAGAGAGACAGAGAUAUUCGAAACUCACAUACCUAGUCGAUUUAAAAAACUGCAUUAGGUACAGAAUAGUUGCGCAGACAUUGACUUACUACGUACUACGUACAUAAUAGAGAAGCUUGUCCAAAAAAAAAAUUAUGUCACAAACAUAAAAACAACUGAGGGCCCUAAUAAGAAUCAAAAUUCAUUUAUUUCCAAGUAACGUGACAUUUUAUCAUACCAACAUAAAGCUUGUUAAGCCAGCGCAGAAUUGAAUGAUCCAAAAAAAAAAAAAUUUUGGCGUAUGAAAUAUUUGCUGCAGUGCUAACAUUAGUUAGAUUAAAAAUUAAUUUUAAUAUUAUUAAAAUAUAUAGCUCGAGAUCGUUUAUAGAAUGUUGUUUUCUCCGUCGUCGUCGCAAGUGCCAUGAAUUAAGUGACGCUUACGCGUUUCGCUUAAGAUAGUAAGGUAGCAAGAAGUUAUGAAGUGCGGCGAUAUGGCUUCAAUUGAACGGAAUGCAGGAAUCAUAAGAGACAUUUUCUCUAUUACGUAGUACAUAGUGGCUCAAUGGCUACAGAUGAGUUAGUUCUUAUUUCGUCAACUAUUGAAAAAAGAGCAGUCAUGAAGGUGAAAUUGUUUGUAUUACAGCAAUGACCAUUAUGACGUUUUCGGCAAUGAUAGACGAGAAUCCCGUGCCGAGCUUCAUCGCGGACCAUCCUUUCAUCGCCGCGGUCGUUGCUGACAAUACCAUCUAUUUUACUGCCACUUUCUACGGAAAGUAAUCCAAAUU